GUCCUCCAUGCUGCAUUAGACACCCCUGCUACUCUAUUAGUUUUUUUUUUAGCAUUUCAGCCAGCUCGACGUGACUCGCUUCCUCCCUGCUCCCGUCACAAGCUCAGCUCCUUCCCCCGACUGCAGGCGAUCUCUGAUGCGAUCUGUGCCCAGACUCUUCUCACGUAGCUUGUUGGUUUAUACAGUCAAAAAUAAAAUUCUGGAAUUCAUUUAAAUAUGACAUCCGCAACGGGCCUUUGCAGCAGCUGCCAGAGUACUGAUCAGAGCAGCAAAGCCUCCAAGGAGAGCCGGCGCCUGAGCAUCCAGCGCUGCAUCCAGUCACUGGUGCACGCCUGCCAGUGCCGCAAUGCCAACUGCUCCCUGCCGUCCUGCCAGAAGAUGAAGCGGGUGGUGCAGCACACCAAGGGCUGCAAGCGCAAGACCAACGGCGGCUGCCCCGUGUGCAAGCAGCUCAUCGCACUGUGCUGCUACCACGCCAAGCAUUGCCAGGAGAACAAGUGCCCCGUGCCCUUCUGCCUCAACAUCAAGCACAAGCUCCGCCAGCAGCAGCUCCAGCACCGGCUGCAGCAGGUGCAGAUGAUGCGCCGUCGCAUGGCCUCCGUGCAGGGCCGGAGCAUGCCCCGGCAGCUGCCAAUACCACCGCAGCAGCAGCAUUUGGCUGUGCAGGGAAGCAUCCGCGAACAUUCUGCAAAGCUUCGCAGGACCCGUGGAGCCUGGUGACUUCACCGAGCACUCCCCAGUCUGCUCGCCUACAGCCUUUUGCUCCUUCUGCAUAAUUUGGCUCUUAGGUUUUAUGCAUUUUAUAUUUAUUUUAUAUAAAUGAUAUAGAAAGACCUUAUUAAAUCUAAAUGCCUGCGUAUAUACAUCAUCAGUGUGUAGGUUAAAAAUUGAAUAAUAAUUUGUCACACAAACAUCUUGACAUAUUGUAUCAAUUGAUUACCUGUUAAAGAAAGUGAAUCAGCAAUGUGGACCAAUGGUACAAAUCUGCACAUCUGCACAUCUCUUGUUAAAUGCGUGUGCUUUCAUAUCUAAUAAACUCAUGCUUGAAAUUCUU